AUGAAGCAGGUGGCAGUGGACGACGACACAGCAAUUCUUCCCCAAGAUAUCAUCACAAACAUUCUCAAACGACUUCCCGUAAAAUCCCUAAUCCGAUUUCGAUGUGUUUGCAAAAACUGGAAAAAUCUCUUCAAGACUGCAUCUUUCAUCGCUGACCAUCUCCAUCACACUGGUAGUCAAACCUCUUCUCUCCUUUUAGGAGGGGCUAACCCAAUUGUUCCUGCGUACUUGGGUUUUGUCGAUCAAAAAAUGCAAGUAUUUGAAGCUCAAAGCGCACCUCUAAUCGGUUCCUUGUUGGGUGUUAAUACCAUAGGUUCUAGCCAUGGCUUGGUCUGCCUCCAACGCAAUGAGGCUUCCAUCUUCGUAUGGAAUCCAGCUACUAGAGAGAUGGGAUUUGGGUUUUGUCCACUUGUUAAUGAUUACAAGAUAGUGAGAAUGCGUGUUUCUUCAAAUAAUGAACGGUCUAUUCGCAUGGAAGAGUCUCCCGUAUGUGCUAAGCUGGUUAAUCAAGUGCAAUUAUAUUCACUGAGCACAAGAACGUGGAAUGCAAUAGAAUUUGGGAACUUAGACUGUGUAUAUCUUAUUUCUAACAGUUUCCCUGCAAAUGGAGCUAUCUUUUGGUUUGGGUUUAUGCUAAAUUUGGGGCAGGAGGAUGAAAAUUAUGUUCAAUUGAUAGUUUCAUUUGACAUAGCAAUUGAAGUGUUUACUUUGAUACCAUUACCUACUUCAGUCCCUAAAUCACUUUUCAAUAGGCUUACUGUGCAUGAGAAUAAUCUUGCUAUGCUUUCUCACACUUUCAGUGGAAACUAUGAAUCUUCCUUGAUUGAUUUGUGGGUGAUGGAGGAGGGCGCAGGUGCGUCCGGGGGAAGAUGGAAUUGGACUAAGAAAUACAGUGUCAGCCCUUACCCAUGCAUUUUAGUUCCUUGGACUAUUUGGAGGAACGAAAUUGUCUGCAAUUUUGUACCCACUUGGGAAACUGAACGUGAAAGGAGGAAUAAUGAACAAAAUAUUGUCAUGGUCAAUCUCACUACUAAUGAAUUCAAGACGGUUGCUAUCCCAAGGAAGAGAAAUGGUUAUGUUAUCUUCAAUUAUGUAGAAAGCCUUGUACCAGUUGGCAACAACCAUAUUGAAGAGCUUUGA